AUGUCCCCUCACUUCUCCAAGGAGCCACUUAGACCAGGGCCUGGCCCGCAGCAGGUCGAUGAUGCUCGUCCCACCCCUUCUCCUUUGGCACCCUCACCUACUGCUCCCGGCCUGGGGGGUGACAGCUGGAACCAGAGCUGUGGGACCUUCGGGUCCCUGGAUGAUAUUCCUGACUUUGCCUGGAAGGUCUCGGCUGCAAUUCUCCUUGGAGGAUGGCUCUUGUUGGCCUUUAAUGCAGUUCUCCUCCUCUCUUGGGCCCUGGCCCCCCAAGGACUGUGUCCCAGAAGGGCCAGUGGCCCAAUGCCAGGGGUGCAGGCAGCGGCAGCCACUGCCACCAUUAUGGGCCUGCUGGUUUUCCCCAUCAGCCUGACCUCCCCAUUCGCCAAGCAAGCCUGCGGAGCCUCCUCUCUGUACCACGGUGGGCAGUGCCAACAGGCUGCCAUCCUCAAUGCAGUCCCAGCCAGCUUCCUGCCUGUGAUUGGGUGGCCCCGCAUGACCAAGGUCCAGGGGAGGAUCAUCCUCUUCUCCGGUGAAACUGAGCAAAUCAUCCUCAUGCCAGAAAGGAGCAAAUAA